GCUACGACGGUUGUCAUUGGGAUCGCCACGUGGGUCUUGCGCCUUCGCGUUGAGUGCACGUGCACCCAGCAUAUUGGACAGAAGUGUACGCUCUCCUCGCACUGCUGACAUUCCAAUACAGCUCGCUGAUCACCACACUCCUCACACCUGCCACGACGGAUGGCACGCCCACGAACCAUUACGAAAAACUCGGCACGCAUCUCACGUGCAUGUUUUCGCCCUUGCAUCCCACGAGCAUAGCGCUGAAUCGUCAUCGCAGAUUGCUGUUCACGUGUAAUUCUCGCUCGACGCUCUACCUUCCGUUGCUCGAUCUCAAGUGCCAACUGCGUGUUGGCUUCGACUUGGACUUCCAUUUCAUGAACUUGCCGCUCUACUCGAGUGACCAAACUCUUGAUUCGCUGCUCGACGUCCUGUUCAAGACUCUUGGUUCGCGCAGCACGCUUAGCUCGUUGCUGGAGCUUGUACAAGUCACGAUUGGCCACUAUUUCGGACGUACAAACUGGGAAAACAUCGCCUUCGCUGGUGACGUUGUUGCUGAAUUCAGCACUGUAUGGCUUCUCUAUCAUCAAUGCUCCGUUGAUAGCCAAAUGUGACUGUGUACAAUGUGCUCGCCACCAUUCCGAUGCUUCGUCGUCAUCAACAGGAUCAAGUGGCUGAUUGUGCGAUUCCUCUACGUUCUUGUCUCCAACUAAGAAGCGAUGAAUCUCCAUCGAAGGCCAUAUAGCAGUCGAAGAAGGACGAUCGUGAUUCCUUUGGUUGUUAUUUUCACUGCGAGGCCAUUGCCAGAUCUUGUUCUCGUCCUCCCACGGGCUUUUCGCAACCACUACCUGUCGAAUAUCCCGUUCGUCGCCGGCGAGUUGAGUUUGCCACCAAUCGCGCUUGUCCAGU